GAAACGGCAGAGAGGGGACCAAGUGUCACGCGUGAUGUGCAAAGCGAGGUGCGCAAGAUCAUGACGCAUUGGAUGAAAAGCGACGCCGAUGAGCGACUGCGACCUGACGAAUCUAUCUCUAAGAAAGAACUUGCGGUUUUGCUGGCGGCUGCUGCAGAUCAAGACCUGUACUCGGAGGACUUCAAAAACUUGCUCGAUUGGAUUACACUUAUGAUCCACAGUUUUUACUUAAUUGAGUAAGUAGAAGGAGUGUCAAUAUCAUAUUUGUAUUUAUGGGGUUAGCGAUGGUUUGUGAAAUCCUUAAGGGACUCCUUUAAGUGGCUUCCUUAAGGAGGACGGUUCUCCUUAAAGGAUUCCUAUUACAAAAAGUUACUAUGACUUUCCUUAAGAGGGAAAAUCUUCCUUAAGGAAGGGCCUUAAGGGAAAUCUGUUAUAGCCCUUGGCUAAUAUUAGACCCCUCCUGAAGGGAUUCGCAAGGACUCGCGAGGCUCUCUAAAGCCCUUGCGCUGCUAGUGCUACGAGUUCAAAGGCACCGCGAACAUGUUAACGCGCUCGCGGCUGUUAGUUUGUAGGCUACUCACGUACCCAGCCACAUCUGCAGCAGGACACUACGCGCCCACCCCUAGCGGAUCGCCCCCACGAACUUCCAGCCGCUACCCUUGUUAUUUAUCGCCCAGCGCCUUUAUUUUUUUUCAAAAACUUCAGGGAGGUCAUUCAAAUACAGAGAAAACGUAACGACCUCCCUGAAGUUUUUGUGAGUGAAGAAGUUAGCUCGCUCCCCUUCCGCGACUACCUUCCGCACACAGCAAUCGACCACAGGAGUGGAGCGCGCGGCAGCCCUUGGAGAUGGUUAACCAGCACAAAAGUGGGAACGAUAGCCGCGAGGACUCGCGUGUCUGGAGGGUGGACCCUGGUGAGCGUCAUCAUAUCCAUGAGAAGGCCAAGGAUCUCCGUCGCUGUGUGUGAAGGUCGAAGCCGUUGAGGAUGCCGAUGACUGUGAGAAUGAUAGCCGUGAGGACUUGCAUGUCUGAAGGGUGGACCCUGGUGAGCGUCAUUAUAUCCAUGAGAAGCAAGGCCAAAUAUAUACACCUCUGCGCGUGAAGGUCGAAGCCGUUGAGGAUGUCGAUGCCUGUGAGAAUGAUAGCUGUGACUUGCAUGUCUGAAGGGUGGACCCUUUCGAGCGUCAUCAUAUCCAUGAGAAGGCCAGAGAUAUACAUCUCUGCGCGUGAGAGAAAAGUCGAAGCCGCUGGGGAUGUCGAUGUCUGUGAGACUGAGCGAUACAUAGCCGCGAGGACUUGCAUGUCUGAAGGGUGGACCCUGGUGAGCGUCAUCAUAUCCAUGAGAAGGGCAAAGAUAUACAUCUCUGCGCGUGAAAGUCGAAGCCGUUGAGGAUGUCGAUGUCUGUGAGAAUGAUAGCCGUGAGGACUUGCGUGGCUGCCUGAAGGGUGGACCCUGGUGAGCGUCAUGAUAUCCAUGAGAAGGCCAAAGAUAUACAUCUCUGCCCGUGAAAGUCGAAGCCGUUGGGGAUGUCGAUGCCUGUGAGAGUGAUAGCCGUAAGCAAAUGCGUGUCUGAGUGAAGGGUGGACCCUGGUGAGCGUCAUCAUAUCCAUGAGAAGGCCAAAGAGAUCCAUCGCCGUGCUUGAAAGUCGAAGCCGUUGAGGAUGUCACCUCCCCAGCCUUCCCUUCCUUGACACAGUGGGGGCCACCUUCCCAGCCUUGGCGAGCAGACUUGGCGACUUUUUUCGUUUGUCUUUCUGUCUCUUAGUAGUCAAUCUGUCUAGUUGUUAACCUAUGCCCGGCGCAGCGGGCCCUUGAUGGGCCCGCUUUCUGGGCAUGUGUAGCUACGUAUUGGCAAGAUCAUGAAAGAUCCUCAGGCGAACGAUAUCAGUUGCCUUUACCAGGGAAGUGAGUACAAUCCUCCAGGAAUGUGAUUGAAUAUUAGCACGAUCAAAGUACUUAUAUUGGAGAAAAUUCAGCUAAGGACUGCAGAAAUCCGGACAAAGUUUAAUCUUCUCGGGCAUGAUACGAAUCCGCAGAACACUCGCCGCCUACUGCGCUCCCUUCUGGAAAACCCUCACCCAAUUGCGAGCCAAGAACCUCGGGCGCCCUCCAAAUCCCCGCGCCCCUCCAGAAUCCCCCAGCACACAUUUGCAGGCUGGCGCGGUGGACUCUGGAGGGGCGCGGGGAAUCACAUGAAACGAAACCAAAAGACAGAAAAACCAAGAGGAAGCAAGUUGCAAAAGCCGCUAAGCGGAGCACUUCCAGGACGAGGAGGCGACAAUAGUGGCCGUUUUUGUGCAGUUCUUAGCUGACUUAGCGCCAUUAUAAUGGACGAGAAAGCAUUGAUGUGGUUCCCUGCUUAUUGUGUUGUACUGCUGGCAGUAUUUACUGAGAGAGUACAUGAAAAAAGGGAAGUUCAAACUUCUCGUGCGACGCUGUUGCAGGAUAAACAUUCUAAUCUUGGUAGGAUCGACGAAGGCCUGAAUGAUUUAGGCAUGCCUCACCGGUCACUGACUGAGACCCAGUAGGCAACGGCCAGGCCUAACUGGAAGAUCAUAAAGAGGAGCGGUAACGACGGGCGAACACCCUUCCAACUUUACAGGUAUUCACGUCGAUGAUUUACAUUUUUUUUACCUUCAUACUGUAUUCACCCAAAGUCAAAAAAAUCAAACCAAACCAAGCACGCUUUUUUUUUCAAAGUUUCCACUCCCCCGCACAAAGAGUCAGAUUCUUUCACAAUCAACCUCUUCUAUAUUACCUCUUAGUACACUACACUUACACAGGUACAGCUUAAACGAAUACGAAUGUCGAAUAAAAGGGGAAGCUUUUGUUCUUGUUCCAUGUAUUCCUGAACGUCGUAAUAUCAAGCUGGGAGGUCCUGCCGAGAACGAUGAAAUUUGUCGAAGAUCUGUCACAUAUGUGGUAGGCGUGAUCAAGGGUCUAACUUUAGCCUGGUUGUAAAGGCAAAGGACAGACAGGGGUCAACGCAAGCGGCCACCAAUUUGAUUUUUGCACAACUUCAUCUGCCGAGGGGUUAUAUAAAAACAAAAAGAGGCAUCAGCCCUGCCUUCAUAUCCUGACACCAUAUCGGAUAUCCUCACGUAGAUAUGAUAUACUCGUCGUCUUGUACUUACACAAUUUUUUUAUCUCACUUGCGGCCGGGCCAAGGAGUCUAAUACUAAUUUUUCCUUGUACACGAACUAAUGGUCUAAUAAGAUCAAUGAAUAAGAAUAAGAUGUCUUACAAAUUUUUCACCCUUGUACACUCAAGCUCAAAGUCAAAGCAUCUAAGAUGAAGAAUUCUCCUUGUACACUUAACUACAAUAAAGAUGCGCAUAGUAAAGAACUCCACAGACAAAUUGCAAUUGCCCAGUGCGGAAAUCAUUUUUGGGUCCUCUUCCUCAGGUUUAUCAAUGUUAUGUAACAUGUUCAACGCGUCCACGAAGAGACUUGUUGGCAACACGUGCCUAGUUGUGCACACAGAUGAUACAGAAUUUCUACAAGAGAAACCUAUGUUACACACAGAUACACAAUUUCUACAAGAGAAACCUAUGUAGUGACGAAUGGCAAUACUAACUUUCGAGAUUUUUCAAGAAAAAAUUUUCGAGAAAUUAUAC